AUGCAUGAACAUAAAGAGGAGCUACGGCUGAUAACCGUUGCACUUAAUGAGGCAUCCGCAGAUUCUCCCUCUUUCAGAGCUUCAGUCAACUACUUCCAUACUAGAAUGGAGUCUUUGAAUGGUUGGAUGCACAGUACUAUGGAUUAUGUAGAAAAUACGUACAAACCUUCAUUUCAAGACUUCCAAAGAAUAAAGGAAACGCUGUUUUCACAGCUACUCCCUUCCCCCAUAUUGCUCUCCAAUGGAUUUGUGAGCAAUCAACCUUAUACUCCUUCACUUGUCAGAGACUUCACUAGAGAUGUCAAUGAUCUUUCAAAUACCAUUAUGAAGAUGGUUUUAGGGGACGAGAACUCUCAGUAUGCGACAACAUUGACAGCUCUGCGUUCCGAUGCCAUCAAUCCUUAUUUCAGCAAGAGAAGGACUUUUGAGUAUUAUCAAAGGAAAUACGACUCUUUUAUGAAUGACUUUUUGGCAAUCAGUAGUGAGGGUACUCUCUCAAGUCCACAAAAUCUCCAAAGUGAAACAUUUAAGUUAUUCGAUAUCAAACACAAAUACAUAGAAGCUUCUUUAGAUUUAACCGAGGCGAUUUCGUUGAUGAAAGUCAAUUUGGAUAAGUUUUUGAUAGAAACAAUAAACAUUGUACGCAGAAAUAACGUUAUUACUACUAAAGAUACUAAGGAUGUCAUCGACAUUACUCCUGAACUUACAGAAACAUUAAAGGAAUGGACCGAUUGGAUAGAAAGUAAUCUUCAGACGUUAGAAGCCCUAUCAUCCAAGUUAUCAGAAGCUAAAUCCGUCAUUACCAAGCUUACAUUGACAAGAUUGGAGCCAUCACGUUCGUUACACGACUAUGAUACGAAAAACUUACAAAACUUGAAAUUUAAUCUUCCAAAAUCAAUAAUUAAGAAGAAUGUCCCUGAGGAAAAGGGAAUAUCAGGCUGGCUUUACAUGAGAACUACCGUUGGUCAUGAUCCUAAAAGAGUGGUAUGGGUAAGAAGAUGGUGUUUUCUACAAAAUAACGUUUUUGGAAUUUUUUCACUUUCACCUAGUAAAACUUAUGUCGAAGAAACCGAUAAAUUUGGUAUAUUGUGGAUUACUGUAGAAUAUUUGCCAAAAGGUCCUAGAAAUUUCUGUUUCAAACUAAAAAUCCAAAAUCCAAAGUGCAAAACUGGUGAAGAAAGUACGUAUAUGGAUAUUACUCUACAAGCGGAAAGUAUUGGCGAGUUAAAGGCGUGGAUAAACAUUUUAAACUCUCAUAGGAAAUUUGCAUUGUCGAUGAAAGAGGAAAAGGAUCCUCUAUACCAAUUAGCCAUGAAAAAAAUCGAACCUCAAUUUUUUGAGUUUGCCUCAAGCAGUUCAACAUCAACAGAUAAAUUAUUAACUUCUUUUUCUAGCAAAACUCUGACAUUGGUGGAAGAACUAAAACAAAAUUAUAUGUCGGAGGAUGAUAUCUACUCUAUAAUUGAUAAUAAGGCUUACCACUUGAGAGUGAUAUCUACACCAAUUGCUACACAAUUAACUCAUUUGGCUUUAUUUUCGACAUUUCUGUCUGUAUCAAAUUAUUAUCCAUGUGCUACCCAGGCAAACACAUGGGGUACAGCAAAUUGGAACGAUUUUUCUUAUUUAUUCCAUUCAUCAAAGAAAAGUUCAGUAAAUGAGCCAGCCACAGUGUCAAAUGCUUCUAGGUUUUCUGUCGACUACCCUGACUAUUAUCCAUACAGUCUAAAAGUUGAUGAUAUACAAUUUAGGUCAAUCUUCUUCUCGGUGAAUCAUAAUUUUUUACAAACUCCGAAAGAGUUGGUUCUUUUGAGAUAUUCAUCCGUGUGGUGUCCAAACAAUAAACAAAAGUUUGCAUCUAUGACAUUUGUUACUCUAAACCAUAUUUAUGUCUACCUGAAUAUAUCAGGAUUUUCAUACCUGAGAAAAAUAGAUUUACUUGAUAUUGAUUCAAUUGAAUAUGACAGGGGUCCCAAACAUGCUUUUUCAAGGAUAUUACACAUGCAGAGAGGUGAUGGGUUUAAGUUCAAUAUGUCUGUUUUUUUUACAGAUCGAAGGGCAGUUGCUUCAAAGCUACAGUUUUUGAUAGAAAACAAGGCAAUGCAUAUCCCAAAGGGGGAAAAGGAUGUUUUAGAAAUAUUUCAGAGGUUAGACGAAGAGAUUGAGAAUGAAAAAAAACUUAUCAAGAAUAAUUUAUUUGAAGCGGAACCCCAUUGCAAAGAUCAUAAUAACCUCUUGAAGAGUACGUAUGACCGUCAUUUUGAAAAUACCAUCGAAACACCUAUGGACCUGAUGAGCCGAAAAGUACGUUUAGAAAAAGAAGCCCGAUAUUAUUUCCAAGAUAGUUUCAAGGUGGGAAGCAAGACGCUAUUUCACGUUCUGUUUGGGGACAAAUCUCAAGUUUUUCCUAGUUCAUUAUUUCUCUGUAAAAAGGGCAGUAACUUGAAUAGCAACUCAUACUGGGAGCGUAUUAAUCACGUUAAACAUGAUGAUAGUUGUCAAUUCGAACUUGCUCGUAAGUUGCAAUUCCAACUAAAUCGAACCUCCAAUUCUAUCAAAGAUCUACUAUGGUUAAGGGAUGAUAAUAAUAAUUUUAAAUUGGUUCUCGAACAGCGAGUAAUAAAGAUAAAACAAAAUUACUAUUAUGAAGUGGAUGAAGGUCCAAUUAUUGUGAAAUUUCCUUUAUGUCAUCCUUUGCUCAUCCGCGUAAAGUUUAUAAUUGCAGAACGUAUCACAUCUCAAGGAGAAUCAUUAAAAAAAUGUGACCUGGCAAUUUUGUAUAGAUUCAAAUACAUCAAGUCUGUUGAUCAGCUGAAUACGAAAGUUGAAAAAUUAUGGCUUCUUGAAAAUAUCCACCUUAAUUGGGCAUUAAGAUAUUGCAAACUUGAACAUUCUGAAAUUAACAAUAAGGCCGGAGAAUACCUAAAGAAACUUAAUGAUAGAGAGAAGAUGAGUAACGUCAUAAAGCUAUGUGGGUUUCUUGGCGUUUUACCAAAGGAGAGAGUAGAAAAUGAUGGAAAGACAGGCGAUUAUACCCAACCUGCAUACAUUAAUUAUGAUUUUCUGUCUGUUUUAAAAAUUUUCAUCAAGUUGGCCGCGUUUUAUCUCAGUGGCGUUAUUAUCAGGACAAUGAGAAUUAUAUUAGUAAUACUGAUGGUGAUUUCCAAAUGUUUUACAAAAGUCAAUGAAUGCUUAUUUUAUGGCCUUUCGAUAUCUGCAUUAACAAAUCUAUUUUUUGUUGGAAAAUCCAUUCAUUCAUAUUUUUCAGUAAAAUCUGCAGAAACUUUGUUCCAAAAUUAUGCCAAUAAUGAUCAGCUUGGGCUCCAAAUCAUGCAUCGCUCUGUGUCAGUGCCUGAUUUGAAUCUGCUAACCAAGGACAUGAUGGAUAGCGGUCAAGCCAACCCCGUACUUAAGAGAUUUGAUGAGGACAAAAAUGCAUACCGAUACAAGGAAACCAGACAGGAGAUUGCAAUUAAACGAAAUCAAGUGCUCACGGAACUGAAAAUUCUACAAAAUACCGAAAACGAGCUCGUGCAAGGAAGUUACAGGAAGUUUUUGAUAACAGAAAGAGACAAGUGUCUCACCACACAGAAUGAAAUUCCUGAUUUAUGGAUAAACGAUACUAUUCUACAAGACUAUUGUUUAGCAUGUUUUGCAGAGUAUGACAGAUUAUCUGCUAUUCCUAUUUAA